AUGGACAUAUUCAAUACCCACUCUUUGAAGAAUCAAAUCUUCAAGCAUAACAUACUAAAUGAAAAUGAAGGUUUGAGCAAAAUAUCAAAUCAAUUGAUCUACCAAACCUUGAUUUUGAGAAGAAACUACAAAUACUGGAAUUCAAUCCAAAAUUCAAUCUUGUACAAAGGUUAUUAUGGUUUACAAAUCUUACCUUUCAAGAUUUAUGACUUUUUCAAAAUAUAUCAGGAAACCGGGGAGAUAGGCGAAUUCAAUUUACUCAAAAUUAUCAAGCAUGAUAUAUCCUCGAACAAGAAGAUUAUAAAACAAGAGUUAACAGAGAAAUAUGAGAUAUUAGGUCAACUAUUAAAUGAUGGCAAUAUUGUUACAACUAAGGAGAUUGAAAUUAAGAAUUAUGAACCAAAUAAUUAUAUCAAAUACUGGAUUCCUGUGGCAUUAUUGAUUUUCUUUGGUCCUUUGGUGUCGUUUAAAUUGAACAAAUACAAGUUUGAUAUCAUCAAUUGGAUUAAUGAGAACUUUGUUGCUAUAACCAAAGGAUUUUUUGAAAACUGGAUUGUCUCCCCCCUUAAACAAUGUAUUAACAUUAUCAAACAAGACGAUAAUAUUAUUAUGUCCAAAGAAGCUUUGAAUUCUGACCUUUCCUCAUUAGAAAGAAUGAUAACUGAUUACUUGAAAGACUCUAAAAUUGAAGUACCAGCUAAUUUACAUGAACAGAUCGUUAGUGGAGAUUUGACAUCAAUGAUGUCAAGAUACGAAAACGAAUUAAGAAGUCCUAUCAAAAACUUAAUUGGGGGAAAUAUGAUUCGUAGUUUAUUGAUCCAAAUCCAAAAGACCAAAGUUGAUGGGGAUGUUGUUAUAAGUGGUAUUGAUAAAUUGAUCAAAUCACAACAAUUGUUAUUGGGUAUUGUGUCCGUAAGUCCAUCCUUAGUUAUAUGCUACUUGUUAUACGGCUAUUUGUCCAAGCCUAAUUUCACUGUUAAUGGGAAAGAUUUGAAAUCAAGUUGUUUGAAUAAUUUAAUUAAUUUACAAGUCCCCACCGACAAUAUUUCAAGAGGAAAUCUUCUUAUAAACAUCAUCAAUUUGAAGAUAGAAAGUAAGUUGAUCUUGAAGAAUGAAGUUUUUCACAUGUUCAAGAACGAUUUGGAUAGGCUCUUGAAUGGCGAAGACGUUUUGACAAAAUUAUAUAGUGUGUAUGCUCUGUACUUCAAAUAG